AUGACUUAUUUGGAAUAUGAUUCUGAGUGUAAGCUUUACUUGGAAAGCAAUAUUUUAGUUCAGAGAAAAGAGAUGCCUGAAGCUGCUAAUGCUGAUAAAUUAUCAGAACUGGAACUUGAGAAUGCUUAUGAUGAGCAGCGUGAGAAUGCUACUCAGUCAGAUGAGCUGCCUUUGCCGAGCAAUUUCCAGUUAGCCCAGGUUGAAUCCUGCCAGAUUCUUGGCACAAAUUCAGUGGGAGUUCAGCUCUCACACAGUUUGGAGAACAUCAGCUGCAUUGCAAGAAAUCCAAAAGACAACAGAGUUGUUGGUCAUCUGGAAGAGGAGGCUAUACACUUAUAUACUUUGUAUCUUAAUGAUAUUGAUCGUGGUGAAAUUGAAAAUUUCCCUGCUCUUGCGAUAGCAAUUGACUACUGGAGACUGCCUAAGGAUGCGACUCUAAAGGAUGUUGAUGAAGCUUAUCAUAGAGACGUUAACCAUUUCGCAUCUCCAUGGGAGACACAUUAA